AUGACAACAGACCGCGAUUCAAGCGAUUCUUACGUCGGAGUGCUCCGAGUAAAGAGAGCGCAACAUCUAGCCCGACCACUUAGAGGAUUCACAGUGACU